CCUCCUUCUUCCUUGUUUCAGCAGAGCACAAGGAGACUGGCCCAAGACUCGCCCAUUGUUGCGUAGUUCGAAAGAACGUGUCCUUCUACCAGCUGCAUUUGUGCAUCCAGAGGAGGCGAAUCUGAAUCCCACAAUCUGUUCGUAUAAGCUGAAUUUAGAGCAACGCCAGAAGCUGGAAAUGGUUUUGCAGAAAGUGAUUCGUGCUGUCAUCAUGGGAGCUCCGGGAUCGGGGAAAGGAACGGUGUCCGGGCGCAUUAUCAAAAUAUUUGGACUCAAUCACAUCUCCAGUGGGGACAUUUUACGAGCCAACAUCAAAGAAAAAACAGAGCUCGGCCUGCUGAUGAAGUCCUGUAUUGAUCAGGGUCAGCUGGUCCCGGAUGCCAUCAUGUCUCGUCUCAUCCUGAACGACCUGAGAAGGAUAGACUCCAGCGGCUGGCUGCUGGAUGGAUUCCCCCGUACGAUAUCACAGGCAGAAGCUCUUGAUCACGUCUACACUGUAGAUACCGUCAUCAACCUUGACGUGCCAUUCCAGACCAUCAAAGAGAGACUCACAUCUCGUUGGACUCACAUUCCCAGCGGAAGGGUGUACAACACAGAUUUCAACCCGCCUAAAGUUCCCGGUUUUGAUGAUGAGACGGGAGAACCGCUGGUCCAGAGGGACGAUGACAGACCAGACACGGUCACACGAAGGCUGAAGUCCUACGAAACCCAGACAGAACCCGUCUUGGAGUACUACAGGAGUAAAGGUGUUCUUGAGACGUUUACAGGGACAGAAACCAACAAGAUCUGGCCUCACAUCGAAGCUUUCCUCCACAGAAAAUUCUCCUCCCUCAGCCAAAGAGUGGCUUAGAACGCCUGAAGUGAACAAGAAGGCUCUGAGUUUGCUGACAGUGACCGCUGUGUGCAUCAACCAAUCAGGAGACAGGAGGGGACGUCUGUGGACUUCAAAAUCAAAGUUCAUCUAACAUAAGACUGAAACAUUUUCAAACUGCUUGUUGUGGUACUAUGAACGUAUAGAUAUUGGCUUUGGGAAACCCAGGUGAGUCUGUGUAAAAUCCUCCAAACGCGUGUCGUUAGCUGGAGGCUUGAACCCCUUUUUCCAUGUCUUGCCUCUUUGAAACCAGGAAGGUGAGCUGUGAUCCAACAACAGAGACAAGAGUGAACGCGUGACCUCAUACUGUGAGCUUAAUCAAAGGCUUUUUAUUAUCCUUCAGAAGCACUGAGCCUUAUUUUCUACCGCAGGUGUGUCCUUGUUCCUUGCUGCUUAAGCACACAAGUGCCUUUUGCUGUUUUUGACAAGUAGCAAAACAAGUGUUUUAUUUUCCCAAAUUAUGAACCACAUUUAUUAUGAAGAACAUUUUAAAUCAUCACAAGGAACCAUUAUGAUGCAGCAUCUUUCAGCCUCCUCGGGUCUUCUGGCCUCUGAAACACUCCAUGUUCUGUUCAUUUAGACCAUUUGUCUCAUCAUGGGAGUCAUUCAGCACCUGGUGUGUCUUAAUAAUAUAUCAUUGUACACCAACACAGAUUUUACAGGAUUAAAUGUGGCUGGAAGGUGUCCGUUUGCAGUUUUUUGCACAUUGUUUGGAGUGUUUGCCCUGUUAAAAGUCGUGUGUGUGACCGUGGUGUACGGUCUACCAAUGCUCCUGGUCUUCCCUAAAAUAUCUAAUUUUUCAUACAAAAAUAAGCACUGUCAAGUAUUUUCUAGAUGACAAUAAACCUUUUAUUGUAGAAUAAAUCAACUUGCAUUUAUAGAUUUUUUUAGGAAGCUCCAUGAACACAACACACACCAGAAACAGCUGUGGGUGCAGCAGACUUCCGAAGAACUGAAACAUAAACGUUGGGUAUGUGCAGAACUUUUAGCAAUUUACUGUAAAACUAAAAAAAAAAAGAAAAACAUCUCAAAAUCUUCCCUAAAAAUCUAACUCUGAGUGAUGGCAACAAGCCCAACAAUUAUUUUCCAUAGUUUAAUAAUCUUUAUAGAGGAAAAUGAAAAAUAUUUGCACUAAUGACGAGCUAACGUAAAGUACAAAGGCAGAAGAAAUUAAAUCUGGUCAUGACUCUUGCAAGAAUCAAGCUUAACCUAACAUAAUUUUUAAUCCUUAAUCACUGUAGCUUUACUGCUGGGAAUACCUGGAGUCAUAGGCUGGAUCCUGGAUCCGGAGCCAGGACCAGGCGCUGAGGCUAGAGCCUGGGCCUGGUGUUGUAGUUAAGAAGCUAGUAAACCCUGUAUUUAUGACUUUGUGAACUGCAACAGAGCAGCUUAUCACCGUGCAGAUAAAGAUCAUUCAAACAAGAACUCAAAGCAAAUGGAUCAAUUCACACAAGAGAUUUCCAUCACAUAUUUAAUGCUUUAUAUGUAUUUCCAUUUUACAUUACCACUGCAAACAUCUGUUACACAGCAGAUGUUUUAGGCCCUGUCCAAACUCUCCCACCAUGUUUCAUGGUUUAUAAAAAUCUCCAUUUUUCUCACCAACUGUUUGUUUGUGGAUGGGCGGGGCAAAUGCAAAACAGACAAAAAAAUAUAUAGUUUUUAAAAAUAUUCAGAGAUGAGGACACUACAGCCCUAAAAAUGUGAUAAAAGCUUCCUUUUGAUGACAAAAUAACAUUUCUGAAGGUAACACUAAUGAUUUUUUCCAACAAAAUUCUCCAUAAAAUAGAAGCAAUAUUUAUAUUUGUUUUUUAAAUAAAAUAUCCUUUUUUAAAUAAAUAAUCCACACAAAUAGUGAAAAUGUCUGAAUAACAGCCCAACCACUAUUCCUCCAUACAGAUGUCUCUAAUCACAGAUAAACGUGUGUGUGUGUGUGUGUGUGUGUGUGUGUGUGUGUGUGUG